AUGGAUCUGAAGGUCCGGUUGUUUCGAAACAAUGGUAAUGUCUCCUUUUAUCGAUACGAUCCUUCCUUGGCGGUCGCCAUCGUUGCAGCCGCUCUUUACAGCCUCGCCUUCAUCUUCACAUUUAUCCAAUGGAUCAGAUACCGCGCUUGGGUUUGGAGUAUCAUGGUACUAGCAGCAGCGAUGGAAGCAAUUGGCUACAUCGCUCGUUGUAUAUCGACGCAGAAUGUGACGAAAAAAUCAGUCUACGUCCUUCAAUUCUCUCUUAUCAUACUUGCCCCAGUUCUCAUGGCUGCAUGCUGUUAUAUAAUAUUCAGUCGCAUCCUAUUUCUCAUCGUCCCAUCGGAGUUUCGCACAUUCCGGCUAUGCUGGGUUCCCCCUCGGUUUAUUACUCCGCUGUUUGUCGGCUUCGACAUUUUUGCUCUCUUGCUUCAGCUUAGUGGAGCUGUAAUGAUCUCAUCAGCAAGCCCCGGUGACCCAGAUGGAAUUAACAAGCUAGAUAAAGGCAAAGAGAUUGCCCAAGCCGGCGUGAUCAUUCAAUUGAUUGCUUUCGGUCUUUUCUCGAUGGCCGCAAUUCGAUUCAACUUCACGUCAAAGAGAUUUUCAGAGAGCCUUGAUGAGCGGUACACGAAUGUUGGGGAAAAAGAAUACAUGAUUGACGGCAUUGUGAAAAAAAGACAUUGGCCAGCUCUACUUAGAGUUGUGAAUAUUACUACUCUCUUGAUUCUGGUUCGCUCAAUAUACCGAUUAGUGGAGUUUACCGAAGGCUCAACUGGUUAUAUCAACACACACGAAUGGACUAUGUAUGUGUUUGAUGCACUGGUCAUCUACCCCUGUGUUGUUCUCUUCAUAUAUUGGCACCCGGGGGUUUAUCUACCUUACCUAGGAUUUCGCUUGCCAAAAAACGUUUGGUAG